CCUCUGCCGGUGCUCACUGCCCGGCUAAAGAAAAGACGACUCGUCAACUGCAGAGCUUCCAAUUUUUUAUGCAGUCGGCUGUCCUUAGUUAACGUUACACCAAUAUCGGAGUCGCGUUAAACCUGUAUGUGGAGUUACUACACAAGCGUAAAUUUAAAGGGCUAACGUAGUCUGAUUUAGCCACAGUUUGUUUAGGUAGACUAAAUACUUAUUGCAUCCGCAAGCUACGUAGAUCUAAAGAAGGACGGUUUUACUUGGCAUCGGCAGACAGAAACAGUUGACGGAAGAUGGUGCAGGUGAAGAGGAUAUGCUGCAUUGGGGCGGGGUACGUGGGCGGCCCCACCUGCAGUGUCAUCGCCCAGAUGUGCCCCGAUGUGACGGUGACCGUGGUGGACGUGAACGAGGACCGCAUCCGGGCCUGGAACUCGGACAGCCUGCCCAUCUUUGAGCCGGGUCUGCAGGAAGUGGUGGAGUCGUGUCGCGGGGUCAACCUGUUCUUCUCCACGGACAUCGACACGGCCGUCAUGGAUGCUGACCUGGUCUUCAUCUCGGUGAACACGCCCACCAAGACGUUCGGGAUCGGGAAGGGCCGGGCGGCGGACCUGAAGUACAUCGAGGCGUGCGCACGGCGCAUCGCGGACGUCUCCGGCGGCUGCAAGAUCGUGGUGGAGAAGAGCACGGUGCCGGUGCGCGCCGCCGAGAGCAUCCGCCGCAUCUUCAACGCCAACACCAAGAGCAGCCUCAGCUUCCAGGUGCUCUCGAACCCGGAGUUCCUGGCGGAGGGCACGGCCAUCGCGGACCUGAAGAACCCGGACAGGGUGCUGAUCGGCGGGGACGAGACGCCCGAGGGGCAGCGGGCGAUCGAGGCGCUGCGGGCCGUCUACGAGCGCUGGGUCCCCGCGGGCAAGAUCAUCACCACCAACACCUGGUCCUCCGAGCUCUCCAAACUGGCAGCCAAUGCCUUCCUGGCCCAGCGCAUUAGCAGCAUUAACUCCAUCAGCGCCCUCUGUGAGGUCACGGGGGCGGACGUGGAGGAGGUGGCCCACGCCAUUGGCACCGACCAGCGAAUCGGCAGCCGGUUCCUCAAAGCCAGCGUGGGGUUCGGGGGCAGCUGCUUCCAGAAGGACGUGCUGAACCUGGUGUACCUGUGCGAGGCCCUGAACUUGCCGGAGGUGGCGAGAUACUGGCAGCAGGUGAUCGAAAUCAACGACUACCAGCGCCGGCGGUUCUCCUCCCGGAUCAUCGGCUGCCUCUUCAACACGGUGACGGACAAGAAGAUCGCCCUGCUGGGGUUCGCCUUCAAGAAGAACACGGGGGACACCAGGGAGUCGUCCAGCAUCUACAUCAGCGGGUACCUGAUGGACGAGGGCGCCCGGCUCCACAUCUACGACCCCAAAGUGAGGAGGGAGCAGAUCGUGCAGGACCUGUCCCAGCCCACGCUGACCCACGGAGACGACCCCUCCAGAGUGUCGCGUCUCGUCACCGUGUCCACGGACCCCUACGACGCCUGCCAGGACGCCCACGCCAUCGUCAUCUGCACCGAGUGGGACAUGUUUAAGGAACUGGACUACGAACGCAUCUACAAGGCCAUGUUGAAGCCGGCCUUCAUCUUCGAUGGCAGAAGGAUUCUGGACGACCUGCACGACCAGCUUCAGCACAUCGGCUUCCAGGUAGAGACCAUCGGCAAGAGAGUGAGCCAGAGAAGUGCCUUUGCAGCAAACAACGACGUCUCCAAACCCGACCACCUGCCCCCGUCCAAGAAGGCCAAAGUGUGAGGCCUUUUCUUCAGGAAGGAUCGUCUUUACUGUGACGGACACUGGCUUUCAUUUUACUGUUUUUACUGGGGAACAAACAGUCAUUUUAUACUCAGUGUUAUUUAAAAAUGGAUGUGUAACUUUUGCCAUUUAAAGCAGUCCAUCUUCAGCUUGUCUCCGAUUGGCUGUGUGGACACUUUCUGAUUGGCUCUCUGUCUCUGUCUGGUCUGUUUUAUCAUGCAGAUGACAGCUUACUGUCACUAGCGGAGGAGUGGGGGAAAUGUUAUAAAAACACUACAUGCAUUUACUUUUCCCCCUGUUUGGUUUUUAUUAUUCUUUGUUUUUUUCCCCCCUCUCAUUUAUUAAUUCCUGCUCGUUUUGGUAUACAGCUAUAUUUAUACCUUAUAUAUGGUUAUUUGGUGAAUUCUUCAUGGACAGUAUCAUUCUCAUCUUUGUAUAUUUCGUUCUGUUUUCAGUUUUUGUGGAACGUCCUCUAUAUCCACAUUGGGAUUUUCUGAAGUGGUGUGGAUUUUCUAAUUCUCUGUUUUCUGAAUGUACAUGUUCACUUUAUCCUUACGUUCGAUAUGGUGAAUAUUUACUAUAAUGUGCUGUAUUCCACGGCCUGGAGAUCAAAGCGUGGUAUUUGUAAUGUUAUCAUAUAUGUGUGUUUUUUCUGAAACUGUGAAAGAACCUGUAUAGUACUUAAAGCAAACAUAUGAAUAUAUAUGUAUAUGUAUGUGUAUAUAUAUGUAUACAUAUAUGUAUGUGUGUAUAUAUAUUUUUUAUUUACUACUAUGUACUAUAAAGCAACUUCAGUCCCUUUCA